UCUGAAACUAAUCAACAUUUUACAAUCACUAACACCUUUGGAAUUAUACAGAAAUACAUAUGAAAAUAACACAAAUGCUUUUUAAAUUGUGCAGAUUUCUACAAAAGUUGACACAAGCUGCUUAUGGAGUGUGUCCUGUCCAAAAGAUAAAUUGUUCUGCAGUACAAAUAACAUCUCUGAAUAAUGAAAUUUACAGGAAUUUUUUGUAAGGUUAUUGUGUAAGACCAGUGCUACUUCUAUGUGGAUGCACAAAUGUUUUUCAUAUAUGUUACAGGAUAAUGAAUGGUUCUAAGAUAACUUCUUUCAGAAAAUACACUGUUUUCUAACACAGGGGAAUGAAUUAAUGCCACAGAAAAAAAUUGGCCUAAUCCUGCCUUUUUAAAAUAGGAGAAAGCUGGUGUGAGCUUUUCACCAAACUAAUGGGUGAAAGAGGCAAAAACUGAACUUUGGCUGCAUGUAUAAUGGGUAAAUUUAAUCUGAUUUGAAUUAUACAAAAUAAUAGGUUCGUUCUAUUCAAGUCUCAUCCCAGACCCACCCCCCUUUUCCAGCCCUAGGGGAGGGAGCGUUAAAUAAUGGUCUGUGUAAACUGAUGCUCAUGCAGUAAGAGUUUGGAGAAGUGCUGCUUGUACAAGUUAAAGCAGGCACUGAAGGAAGAGCAACCAAAUAAAAAGCAGCUUCAGGAACAAAGUGGACCCUUCUGAAAUUUCAAGACAUGUCUUUCUUCACCAGAGUUUUGACGAUGAAAUGCAAGCAGACACUUGAAUGUGAGAGGACUUACUUUUACCAGGCGCUUUUAGGCAGCAGCAGCAGGUUUGCCGGGCAGCCCCGGCCGUGCAGCAGCCAGUCGCUGGCGGUGCGGAGCAGCCCGCGGGCAGCGGCGGGGAACAAAGGCGAGGGGCAAGGAGCCGAGCUGCUGGAGCCCCCCCCGCGCCGCCUGGGCAGGGUGAAGAGCCUGCACGAAAUGCCCGGACCCAACACCCUCUACAACCUGUACGAGUUCUUCUGGAAGGACGGCUUCGGCCGCAUUCAUGAAAUCCAGCAAAAACACACUCAGGAAUAUGGCAAGAUCUUCAAGUCUCACUUUGGUCCCCAGUUUGUUGUAUCCAUUGCAGAUCGAGACAUGGUUGCUCAAGUCCUCCGAGCAGAAGGCAGAGCACCACAAAGAGCCAACAUGGAAUCCUGGCAGGAGUACAGAGAUUUACGGGGGAGAGCCACGGGGCUCAUUUCUGCGGAGGGGGAGCAGUGGCUAAAAAUGAGAAGUGUACUUAGGCAAAAAAUUCUGAAACCCAAAGAUGUGGCUGUUUACUCUGAAGGAGUCAAUGAAGUUAUCACAGACUUAAUUAAAAGAAUCCACAGCCUCAGAAGUCAAGAGGAGGAUGGGGAAACAGUGACCAAUGUUAACAACCUUUUCUUCAAGUAUUCAAUGGAAGGUGUGGCAACUAUUCUGUACGAAUGCCGGUUGGGCUGCCUGGAAAACAGCGUCCCACAGCAGACUGUUGAAUAUAUUGAGGCUCUGGAGUUGAUGUUUAGCAUGUUUAAGACCACUAUGUAUGCAGGUGCUAUUCCCAAAUGGCUUCGUCCACUUAUUCCAAAACCCUGGAGAGAGUUCUGCAGAUCCUGGGAUGGACUCUUCAAAUUUAGUCAAAUCCAUGUUGACAACAAAUUGAAGGCUAUUCAGUCUCAGCUGGACCAAGGAGAAGUAGUGAAUGGUGGGCUGCUUACACAUCUCCUAGUCAGCAAGGAACUUACUUUGGAAGAGAUCUAUGCCAACAUGACUGAAAUGCUUCUGGCAGGAGUGGACACAACUUCUUUUACUUUGUCCUGGGCAAUAUAUUUGUUGGCAAAGCACCCAGAGGUGCAGCAACGUGUUUAUGAGGAAAUAGCCAAUAAGCUGAGGAAAGAUCAAGUUCCAGUUGCUCAUGAUGUCCCAAAAUUGCCUUUGAUUAGAGCUGUCCUGAAAGAAACCUUGAGGUUAUAUCCAGUAUUGCCAGGAAAUGGAAGAGUGACCCAAACAGACUUGAUCAUUGGAGGAUACUUGAUACCUAAAGGGACCCAGCUGGCACUUUGUCACUAUGCUACUUCAUACAGUGAAGAAAAUUUCUCAGUGGCAAAUGAGUUCCGACCUGAGCGUUGGCUGAGGAAAGAUAAUUUGGACAGAGUAGACAACUUUGGCUCCAUCCCCUUUGGUUAUGGCAUUCGAAGUUGUAUAGGAAAAAGAAUUGCAGAGCUGGAAAUCCAUCUUGCACUGAUCCAGCUACUUCAGAACUUUGAAAUCAAAAUUUCUCCCAAAACUGAACCAGUUCAUGCCAAAACUCAUGGACUUUUGACUCCUGGAAACCCCAUCAAUGUCAGGUUUUCUGACAGGAAGUGA